GCGUGACACCCAAACAUUUAGGCGGUCUUAACCUAUGCAGAAGUAGUUAUUCUAAUUAUUUCCGAAAUAAUGUCAAAUUCUACGAAUAUAUUUGAUGAUGACGAUGUUAUGAUAAUCGAGGAUGAUUCAGACGAUGAAGCUUCUAAUGACUACACAGCUGGCUCAACAUCUGCUGACCAAAAGGUUGAGUCAGAAGAUGGCAUUCAAUGUAGAAAUCCAUGGCAUGAUAAAUGGGGUGGAUGUGAUUCACAGUUGAAAUAUCCUUCUCAGAUACCAAAAAUGGCACAGUUUAUAUUUCAACUUCUCGGAUAUGAACCGGCUUCUAGCAAGAAUAAGAAACGGGCAAAGUUUUGCGGGACAUGUAUAUCAAGAGCCAAUAACCUUACUGUGGAUGAAUUUAAAGAUUUAGAAGCCCAAGCCAAACAGAAAUGGGGGAACCAGUACAAUACAGAUGCAAAUAAAGAUUCUGGAAACCAGCAGAAAUCUACUGUAUCUCGUAGGCAGUCCGAAAAUUCUCACAUUCAGGCACAACUUGAAAAACUGGAUAAAAUGGACAUAAGCGAUGAUGAGAAGGCAAAACAAGCCAAGCAGUUACGUAUGUUGGCCUUUGUAAAUCCAGGCAGAUUUAUGGAUGAUUUUGAUCCAGAGAGGAGUGCUAGAGAAAUGAAGAAAAUGAACAGACGUUUAUACAAAGAAAAAAACAUCAGAAAGAACCAAUUAUAUGAUGAUCAUGGACUAUUAUUGUCAACACAGAAUGAUUUAUGUGAUUGUUUAGAUGUUGAAUGUCCUGGCUGUCAUUUCCCCUGUCCAAAAUGUUCUUCUGAAAAAUGUGGAGGUGACUGUAGAUGCAACAGGAAGUGGGUGUAUGAAUACGUCGAAAGUGAAGGUACAGGGAAUACUUACAGUUGGCCGCCUGAAGUAAAAUAGUCCUGACUCUUAUUUUAGAGCAUACAAUUGGGGCAUCAAAUGUGCAAUAGUGAACACUUUGGAAAAAUUUAUGGAACUUCAUCAUGUUUAGUGACAGAUCCAGAAAUAAACCAGAUCUGCUUAUUACUUGUAAAUGAUGGCUUUCUGAAGUCAUUCUUAGAUGCAAGUUGACUUUUACAGAGUAUUCAGGCAUAGUACAAAAUUUCAGAGAAUGAUGAAGUUAAUUUUUGUCGUAUGAAUAAGAGCACUCUGUGAAUCUGACACAUUGAGGAAAUGACAUACGUAUUUUUUAAAAGUGGAAAAAUAGUGAAUAUGUUUCAUGAAUAAGACGAUUAAAUCAAUGGAGUUAAGUAGGAAAUGAAUAUUGUUCAUGAAUGAAAAUAAAGUUAAACGGGAAAUGAGACAAUUUUUUUCAUUGAAGUUUAGAAUGAAAGGAAUAUUAUUCAGGCAAAUUUUAUUCAGUGAAGUUAAGAAGGAAAUGCUUUACAGUAAAGUUAAGAAGGAAAUGAAAAUUGUUCAAGAAUAAGACAAAUUUUGUUCAAUGAAGUUAAGAAGGAAAUGUAUAUUUUUCAUUAAUGAGACAAAUUUUGUUCAGUGAAGUAUCUUUUAAGAAGUAGAUGAAUAUUGUUCAUGUAUGAUACUAUGUGCAUCUGUAUGUGAAAUUAUUUUAUGUACAUACUACAAGUAUUGUCUUUUUCAGAGUUAUAUAUCAAAACAAAAUAGAUUAUAGCUAAUUUUUUA